CGGUCCGGACCGCUGGACAGAGAUCGCUGUCGGGAGGGCGGAGCCACAGGGCCUGCAAAGAUGCUGGCUGUGCCGGAGCUGGGCCUGCAGGGGCUGUACAUCGGCUCCAGCCCAGAGCGGUCCCCCAUUCCCAGCCCCCCCGGCUCCCCAAGGACCCAGGAAAGCUGUGGCAUUGCCCCCCUCACACCUUCACAGUCUCCUAAGCCUGAGGCCCGAGCCCCCCAGCAGGCCUCCUUCUCUGUGGUGGUGGCCAUUGACUUCGGUACCACUUCCAGUGGCUAUGCCUUCAGCUUUGCCAGUGACCCUGAGUCCAUCCACAUGAUGAGGAAAUGGGAGGGUGGGGACCCAGGUGUGGCGCACCAGAAGACCCCGACCUGCCUCCUGCUGACCCCAGAGGGGGCCUUUCACAGCUUUGGCUACACUGCCCGUGAUUACUACCACGAUCUGGACCCCGAGGAGGCUCGGGACUGGCUCUACUUCGAGAAGUUCAAGAUGAAGAUCCACAGUGCCACUGAUCUCACCUUGAAGACCCAGCUGGAGGCAGUAAAUGGAAAGAAAAUGCCUGCCCUGGAGGUGUUCGCUCAUGCCCUGCGCUUCUUCAAAGAGCAUGCCCUUCAGGAACUGAGAGAGCAGUGCCCAUCGCUGCCAGAGAAGGACACUGUGCGCUGGGUGUUGACGGUGCCCGCCAUCUGGAAACAGCCAGCCAAGCAGUUCAUGCGGGAGGCUGCCUACCUGGCCGGCCUGGUGUCCAGAGAGAACGCGGAGCAACUACUGAUCGCCCUGGAGCCUGAGGCCGCCUCUGUCUACUGCCGCAAACUGCGCCUGCACCAGCUCCUAGACCUGAGCAGCCGGGCUCCAGGCAGAGGGCACCUGGGGGAGCGCCGCUCCAUCGACUCCAGCUUCCGGCAAGCCCGUGAGCAGUUGAGAAGGUCCCGCCACAGCCGCACGUUCCUGGUGGAGUCAGGGGUCGGGGAGCUCUGGGCAGAGAUGCAAGCGGGAGACCGCUACGUGGUGGCAGACUGUGGAGGAGGCACGGUGGACCUAACCGUGCACCAGCUGGAGCAGCCCCAUGGCACCCUCAAGGAGCUCUACAAGGCGUCGGGUGGCCCCUAUGGCGCUGUGGGCGUGGACCUGGCCUUCGAGCAGCUAUUGGGUCGCAUCUUCGGCGUAGACUUCAUCACCACCUUCAAAAGGCAACGGCCAGCAGCCUGGGUGGAUCUGACCAUCGCCUUCGAAGCCCGCAAACGCACGGCAGGCCCUCACCGUGCGGGGGCGCUCAACAUCUCACUGCCCUUCUCCUUCAUCGACUUCUACCGCAAGCAGCGAGGCCACAACGUGGAGACAGCCCUGCGCAGGAGCAGUGUGAACUUCGUGAAAUGGUCCUCACAGGGGAUGCUCAGGAUGUCUUGUGAGGCCAUGAACGAGCUCUUUCAGCCCACGGUGAGCGGGAUCAUCCAUCACAUAGAGGCGCUGCUGGCGCGGCCGGAGGUGCAGGGUGUUAAGCUGCUGUUCCUGGUGGGCGGCUUCGCGGAGUCCGCUGUGCUGCAACACGCGGUGCAGGCCGCGCUGGGCCCCCGCGGCCUGCGCGUGGUGGUCCCACACGACGUGGGCCUCACCAUCCUCAAGGGCGCCGUGCUGUUCGGGCAGGCGCCCGGCGUGGUGCGGGUGCGCCGCUCGCCGCUCACCUACGGCGUGGGCGUGCUCAACCGCUUCGUGGACGGGCGCCACCCGCCCGACAAGCUGCUGGUCCGCGACGGCCGCCGCUGGUGCACUGACGUUUUUGAGCGCUUCGUGGCCGCGGAGCAGUCGGUGGCCCUGGGCGAGGAGGUGCGUCGCAGCUACUGCCCCGCGCGCCCAGGCCAGCGGCGCGUGCUCAUCAACCUGUACUGCUGCGCCGCCGAGGACGCGCGCUUCAUCACCGACCCGGGCGUGCGCAAGUGUGGCGCGCUCAGCCUCGAGCUCGAGCCCGCGACCGCCGACGGUGGCCCUGACGCCGCUGGUGCGCCCCCCGGUCGCCGCGAGAUCCGUACUGCCAUGCAGUUUGGCGACACCGAGAUUAAGGUCACCGCCGUCGACGUCAGCACCAAUCGCUCGGUGCGCGCCGCCAUUGACUUUCUUUCCAAUUGAAGGCGCGCGGGCAUAGUGCCAGGCCGGCUCUGUCCGACCCGGCCCUCUUUCGGUCCCGGGCGCUGGGGACCUGGCAGGGGCGCACAAACGUCUUUGUUCUCAUGUCGUUGCCCUUUAUCCCACCCUCCUGCCCCGGGAGAUGAGGUCCCAGGAGGGUGGGUGGGGACACAUCCAGUCUCUGGCUUUGGGAUUGGGCCCUUGUUCGCUGGCUGUAAGGCAGAAGGGCUUUGCCAAAGGCUGAGGUCAAGACUUGGUCAGCACGCCCACAGGGAACACGUGACUCUGAAGACGGAAUGCUCCAGAAGAUUGGGCCCUAGCCUGAACUGAGGGUGGGGUGGGGGUGGGGGGUGAGUUGGGAGGGAGAGGCCAAGCAAGGCCGUUAACUGGAGAGGCAGCGAGAAGGAGGCUUGCUGGAGGGCCCAGUGCACUGAUUGAUGGGCUCAGCCCACACAUGCAGCCGGGCAGAGCAGCCCUGUGCCACAGAAAAAUGACUGGAAGCUGACACAAGAGGGACCUUCCGGGGUGUGGUGCUGACCACCCAAAUAUGACUGUUAAUUGUAGAAAGGGCAGUGGCAGGCUAAUGAGAAGGAAGGUACAGGGUGAAGGCACUUAUGAGGGAAUGUGGGGGUAGCAUGCUGGGGGCAGGCUUUCCUUCUGGACAGAUGGCUCGCCUGGGAAGGCCCCAAGGGCAACCUGUGAAUGACCCACUUGAACCCUAUCCCAGCCACAAAAUGGGAAGGGGGGUGCACUAGGAGGUCAGAGGGAACUUGAAGGACUGGUCUCAGCUCUGCCAGUCAACUCAAUGCCUGCCCACGACACGCAACAGCCCUACCUG